UUUUUUUCCUUUUUUUUUUUCUUUUAGUUCCAUGAGUCAUUCGUUUCUAAUUCAUGUAUCAAAAACAAUCCCUCGAUCAAAAGUCAAUCAAGCUAUUUGGUCACAGUUACAAUCACCUGUGACAACGAAACCUUUAAAUUUACGUCAUUUUUCGACAUGUCGCAGUCAACACCCUAUUUCUAUUUGGGGUGGACAAAACGUAAAAAGAGCUCUUCUUGGAGAUAAUGCCAAUUCAUUUUGUAUUGGAUUAUCACCUAUUCGACAUGCAGCCGUUUUGAAACGUGAAGCUUCUUCUGUUUCAGCAUUUGAGUUGAAAGAUCGCGAUCCUAAAAAUAACCCUUCAGAUCAAACACCCCCUCCUGCUAACAAUGGAGGUCAUUCUUCUAAUUCAGCAAAUGGUGGCGGAAGUAGUAGUAAUAAUAAUAAUAACGGUGAUGGAAAGUCUUCAAAGAAUCAUUCUUGGGAUGUAGUAGAUAAUCAACUUCAAAAACCUACUGUACCCGAGGUAUAUCCUCAGGUUUUAGCAUUACCUAUCGCGGGUCGUCCUUUAUUCCCUGGAUUUUAUAAGGCGGUCGUGAUCAAGGAGCCUACAGUGACAGCUGCUAUCAAGGAAUUAAUGAAACGAGGUCAACCUUAUGUUGGCGCAUUUCUAUUAAAAGAUGAGGCAUUGGAUGUGGAUACGAUCACGACACUAGACCAGGUUCAUAAGGUUGGUGUCUUUGCUCAGAUUACAAGUGUUUUCCCCGCAUCGGCGGGAAAAGAAGAUUCAGGCCUGACGGCUGUCUUGUAUCCUCAUAGACGAAUUAAAAUUAAUGAAUUAUUACCCGCUCAUCAAAAAAGUGACCCUAGUGUGGCGGCUGUUAAGGAGGUAAUCACUACAGAAGAAGUAUUGGGAGAGCAUGAAGAUAAACAACAUAAUAAUUUAGAAUCGAAACUAGAUGAAUAUGCAUCGUCAGAUGAAGGGCAUCAAAAUAAUUCACAAUAUGCUACUUCAUUUUUGACUGAUCAUUAUGAUGUAUCCCUUGUUAAUGUUGAGAAUUUUGUCGAACCCGAAUAUUCUAAAAAGAGUCCCUACAUUCGUGCUGUCACAUCUGAAAUUGUAUCUGUCUUUAAGGAAAUAGCCUCAUUAAAUCCUUUGUUUAGAGAUCAAAUUGCAAGCUUUUCCAUGUCUCAAUCGGCUGGUAACGUCUUUGAUGAACCUUCCAAGUUGGCUGAUUUUGCUGCUGCUGUCUCUGCUGGUGAGGCACUCGAAUUACAAGAGGUACUUGAAACGUUACCAGUAGAAGAAAGAUUGCAAAAAUCACUCGUUGUCCUCAAGAAGGAACUUAUGAAUGCUCAACUUCAAAAUAAAAUUUCUAAAGAUGUUGAGAGUAAGAUAGCUAAACGUCAACGUGAUUAUUAUUUAAUGGAACAAUUAAAGGGGAUCAAAAAGGAACUUGGUUUAGAAAGUGAUGGUAAAGACAAGUUGGUAGAAGGCUUUAAGGAAAAAGCAAAUCAACUUGCCAUGCCCGCUACUGUCAAGAAAGUAUUUGAAGAAGAAAUUAAUAAAUUAGCUCAUCUAGAGCCUGCUGCAUCUGAGUUUAAUGUAACACGGAAUUACCUUGAUUGGAUCACUCAAAUUCCAUGGGGUCGACGUUCACGAGAAAAUUAUAAUAUCCUUCAUGCCACUCAGGUAUUGGAUGAAGAUCAUUAUGGCUUGAAGGAUGUAAAGGAUCGAAUUUUAGAGUUUAUUGCCGUUGGUAAAUUAAGAGGAACAGUAGAAGGCAAGAUUCUUUGUUUGGCUGGUCCUCCAGGUGUAGGUAAAACGUCGAUCGGUAAGAGUAUCGCACGUGCCCUUGAUCGUGAAUUCUUUAGAUUCUCAGUAGGUGGAUUAACUGAUGUAGCAGAGAUUAAAGGUCAUCGACGUACCUAUGUGGGUGCCAUGCCCGGUAAAGUGAUUCAAGCCCUUAAAAAGGUGCAAACAGAGAACCCAUUGAUCUUGAUUGAUGAAAUUGACAAACUUGGAAGAGGACACCAAGGGGAUCCCUCAUCUGCUCUCUUGGAAUUAUUAGAUCCUGAACAAAACAGUAGUUUCUUGGAUCAUUAUAUGGAUGUCCCUGUUGAUUUAUCCAAGGUACUCUUUGUUUGUACUGCUAAUGUCUUGGAUACCAUUCCUGGUCCCUUAUUAGACCGUAUGGAGGUCAUUCAACUCUCUGGUUAUAUCGCAGAGGAGAAAGCGGCUAUUGCUGAGAAAUAUCUAGCCCCCGCUGCCAAGGUAGCUGCAGGUCUUGAAAACGUCAAUGUUCAUUUAACGCAAGAGGCCAUCGAUUCUUUAAUCAAGAACUAUUGUCGUGAAAGUGGUGUUCGUAAUUUGAAAAAACAUAUUGAUAAAGUGUUUAGAAAGGCUGCCUUUAAGGUUGUACAAGAACUUGGAGAGGACAAAGUGAUAGAAAAAGAAGAAAAGAAAGAGAAUGAAGAGAUGACAAAGGAAACGAUGACAAGUGAGCAAGUGAUAAAUCCUUUAGUUGUACCCAAGGAUGUGCAUGUAGAUAUUACAAGUGAAAAUUUGAAAGAAUAUGUUGGUCCUCAAGUCUAUCAAUCUGAACGUCUUUAUGAACAAACACCACCUGGUGUUGUUAUGGGUUUAGCUUGGACUAGUAUGGGCGGUUGCUCUCUUUAUAUUGAAUCUGUACUUGAAUCUUCUCUUAAUCCUAAAUCGACUCCUCAUCUUUCAAAGACAGGUCAAUUAGGUGAUGUAAUGAAGGAAUCUACUAGUAUUGCCUAUACCUAUGCCAAAUCAUUAUUAGCAACUGAAUUUCCUAAGAAUAAAUUCUUUGAUAAAGCUAAAGUUCAUUUACAUUGCCCAGCUGGUGCAGUGCCAAAGGAUGGUCCCUCUGCUGGCGUGACUAUGGCAACUGCAUUAAUUUCAUUAGCUCUUAAUAAACCAGUUAGUAGCAAUAUUGCCAUGACAGGUGAAUUAACAGUAACAGGUAAAGUAUUGAAAAUUGGUGGAUUAAAAGAAAAAACAAUCGCAGCCAAACGAUCCAAGGUGACUACGAUUCUUUUCCCCAAAGAUAACCAAGCUGAUUGGGAUGAAUUACCUGAAUACAUUAAAGAAGGAUUAACAGGUAUUCCUUGCGAUACCUAUAAGGACGUUUAUAAUGCUGUCUUUAAAGAUGUUAAAAAAGAAGAAGCCGAAAAUGUGUGGAAAGAUGUAUUGACUGAAAAAGAAGAAACUUCACAUAAAAAAUAACAGCAACUUUCCCCCCCCCUUUUUUUUUACGAGUCAAUUAUUAACUAUUGAUAGAAGAUAGACUUGUGUAUAAUUGCCCU